UUCCAGCAAAAACAGAUACUUAAUAAAGGUUUGGAGGUUCUGCUGAUGUAUGAUACUGACUUUCCUGAAUGGGACUCAGCUGUCCAACUGAACAGGUGGAGAGCCCCUUCACCCCCACCCAUAAGUCACAUUCCUGUCCGUGGAACCGGAAGCCAAAGGCUGACUCUCUUGUGGAGAUCCAACAGGCUGAAAUGUCAUCAUUCCAAAUGUGAAACCCAGUAGGCAAGAUCUGAGAGGAGAGGAAGCAAAUGGAUUUUUCCCUCACGCGUCUUAUUUUCCUGUUCAUUGCAGCUACUCUCGUCUUUUCUUCUGAGGAUGAAUCCCGCCUUAUAAAUGACUUAUUUAAGAGCUACAACAAAGUGGUUCGUCCAGUCAAGGCUUUUAAGGAUAAGGUUGUAGUGACACUUGGACUUCAGCUCAUACAGCUUAUUAAUGUGGAUGAAGUCAAUCAAAUUGUAACAACAAAUGUCCGUCUGAAACAGCAAUGGGAGGAUGUUCACCUAAAGUGGAACCCAGAAGAUUAUGGAGGCAUAAAGAAAGUUCGAAUCUCUUCUGGUGAUAUUUGGCGCCCUGAUAUUGUGCUGUACAAUAAUGCAGAUGGAGAUUUUGCUAUUGUCCAGGAAACCAAAGUCCUUCUUGAUUACACUGGGAAAAUUAUAUGGACGCCUCCUGCAAUUUUUAAAAGUUACUGCGAAAUGAUUGUCACAUACUUUCCAUUUGACCUGCAGAACUGCAGCAUGAAGCUCGGUACCUGGACUUAUGACGGCUCAUUAGUAGUUAUAAAUCCGGAGAGUGAUCGUCCAGAUCUGAGUAACUUUAUGGAAAGUGGAGAAUGGUACAUGAAGGAUUAUCGUGGCUGGAAGCACUGGGUUUAUUAUGACUGUUGCCCAGAAACGCCAUACUUGGAUAUCACAUACCAUUUUCUCCUGCAGAGGCUUCCCCUUUACUUCAUUGUCAAUGUAGUGAUCCCUUGUCUGUUAUUCUCCUUUCUGACUGGCCUGGUAUUUUAUCUGCCUACUGAUUCAGGAGAGAAAAUCACUCUGAGCGUUUCUGUAUUGCUGUCUCUGGUUGUGUUUCUUCUGGUCAUCGUUGAACUGAUUCCUUCUACAUCGAGCGCCGUCCCUUUAAUUGGGAAGUACAUGUUAUUUACCAUGGUGUUUGUUAUCACUUCCAUUGUCAUCACGGUCAUUGUGAUCAACACACAUCACCGAUCCCCAAGUACUCACAUUAUGCCGCAGUGGCUGAAAAAGAUUUUUAUUGAAACCAUCCCGAGGGUUAUGUUUUUCUCUACCAUGAAACGACCAGCACAAGAUCAACAAAAGAAAAAGAUAUUUACAGAAGAUAUUGACAUAUCAGAUAUUUCGGGGAAGUUGGGCCCUGCUGCAGUGAAAUAUCAGUCUCCAAUCCUUAAGAAUCCAGAUGUUAAAAGUGCUAUAGAAGGAGCCAAAUACAUAGCAGAGACCAUGAAGUCUGACCAGGAAUCAAAUAAGGCCUCAGAAGAAUGGAAGUUUGUUGCAAUGGUUUUAGAUCACCUCCUGCUGGCUGUCUUCAUGAUAGUGUGUAUCAUUGGAACGCUGGCUAUAUUCGCUGGCCGGCUUAUUGAGUUACACAUGCAAGGUUAAAUCUUACAGGACACCAUGGAAAUUGGAACCUUGCUGUCAUCUGUUUCAUUUAAAAGCUGCAAGUGAUUCCUUUGCCCUGCUGUGCUCUGCAUUAGUGGAAACUUCAAUCUCCAGACAUAUUGGCCUGCAAGCCUUGAUGUACCAUUACAACUCUUGUCCAAAUGCCACUCGCUAGUUUGCCUGUGGCCCUUUCACCAUCACAAGAGUACAGCUCAAGGGUCCUUAUGUCACUCCUGCCUAUGAUUUUUUAAACAGAAUAAUCAUUGGGUAAUAGGUUGUUUGAGCUGAUGAAUCUCUUAUUGUUUGGUUACUCAGUUUCAAUGUUUGGGUGGUUGAAGAAGAAAACACAAAAUAUUGUAAAGGUUUUCUUUGUAAAACCCAUUAAAGAGAAUAGAACUACACAUGUUUUUUGUUUACAGCUAUCUGCCAUACUGAGAGUAACAGUGUAUAUGCCAUACUGACAGUAACAGUGUAUAUGCCAUACUGACAGUAACAGUGUACAGUAUAUGCCAUACUGAGAGUAACAGUGUAUAUGCCAUACUGAGAGUAACAGUGUAUAUGCCAUACUGAGAGUAACAGUGUAUAUGCCAUACUGAGAGUAACAGUGUAUAUGCCAUACUGAGAGUAACAGUGUAUAUGCCAUACUGAGAGUAACAGUGUAUAUGCCAUACUGAGAGUAACAGUGUAUUUGCCAUACUGAGAGUUACACUGUAUUUGCCAUACUGAGAGUUACACUGUAUUUGCCAUACUGAGAGUUACACUGUAUUUGCCAUACUGAGAGUAAUGCUGCUGUAAAUGUUAUACUAAGAGCUAUCUGCAAACCAGGUUUAGGUUAUGACUAUUCUUAUCCAUAAACUGAAUGUGUGGAAUACAAAAUGAAAUUAAUAUGUAAUAAAGUAAAUGAAUAUAAAAUCA